CUCAAAGUCAAUAAACUGAUAUUGCUGGCUUCCUAGUUGCUGCGAUGACUGCAUUUCUCAAAUCUCAGAUAUCAAUAUCUCUUUGUUGAUCAAACUCAACUACCAAAGCCAGCACUCAGGGGAUGUAUUUUGGUUCAUCAAUGGUCUUUUGGUGUUUGGUUAAAUUUUUUGGCCCCCAUACAUAUAUAUUCCUCCCUCCGCCACUGCAUAGACUGGCAUCCAAGUUAUUAUACCAAGAUUCAAUCAAAUACCAACUGAUAACAAAUAUACGCUUGAACAUGAGAUCUGCAGGGGCACUGGAUAGCAUGGUUGUACUCUCGGAGACUUUCUCAUCUUUGGGGUUGGAGGACUCUGCAGCAGGACAUUCAGGAAAACCACGAGUUUUAUCGGUCCUCUCUUCAAUUCUGGAGGGAUCAGUUCGAAAGAAUGAGAGAUUAGUAAGGCAAUCAAAGAUGAAGGACGUUAUUACAAUGUUCCAUGCCUCAGAAGUUCCUGCCUUAAGCAUUAGAAAGUAUAUUGAGCGCAUCUUCAAGUACUCAAGCUGCAGCAACUCUUGCUUUGUUGUUGCAUACAUAUACAUCGAAAGAUUUCUACAACGUACUGGGACUUGUCUCACUUCUCUCAACGUUCACCGGCUUUUAAUCACCAGCAUUCUGAUUGCUGCAAAAUUUAUGGAUGACGAUUGUUAUAGCAAUGGCUACUAUGCCAAAGUGGGAGGAGUGAGCACAGCAGAGAUGAACAACAUGGAGAUGGCAUUUUUGCUGAGUUUGGAUUUCAAACUCUAUGUCACCACAGAGAUGUUUGGGAAGUAUUGUCAGCAACUUGAAGAUGUGGGAAGGUACCGAAGACAUGGGCACUUUUUAAGGUUAAGACAAUAUUAAUGGGCAAGCAAUAGUUGAAGAAAACAGUAUUGGAGCUAACAAGUAACAACUGAUAGAGUCACAACAAAAGGUGAUAAAUGGUACUUCAAAAGUGUGACGUUAUUAGAAGGACAUAGAUUGCAUGUAUCAAUAAUUAUAACCCAGUAAAAAGAGAUUGUACUAAUACUUGAUAUAUAUUAGUACAUAUAGCUUGUUGAAUUA